CUCCAAACUUUACCUUUUCUCGGAACUCGCACAGAUUCUCUCUCUCCUCUCCCCCACCACUCCCCCUUUUCUCUCUCUAGAAAAUCCCAGAAAAACUCCACUUUGUUCUGUUCCUAACAAACCUCUGUUUCAACAACACUCACAUUUUAGUGGUCUGUUGAAUGUGAUUGCUUUUUUUUGUUGUUUUUUUACAUUAUCUCGAGGGAAUGUAAGUUGGAAUUCUUGUCUGGUUUGUGGGUUGUCUUUGAUUGCUUGGUUAAUUACGAUUUGGGUUCAUGGUUGGUUGAGUUUUGACAUGAUUUGAAGUUAAUGGAUUGAGUUUUGUACGUGUAUAUUGUUGCUGGGUAUUCUUGAAGUUGGCGUUUUUGUACAUUGUGAGUGAGUGAAAUGGAGGAAGGAUCAGAAGUUCGGUUAGUUCGUUGCCCUAAGUGCGAAAAUGUUCUUCCUGAGUUCCCUGACUUCUCUGUCUAUCAGUGCGGUGGUUGUGGUGCUAUUCUCAGAGGAGCAAAGAAGGAAGCUGUGAGUGAUGGCUUGUCGGAGAAACCCGAUGAGGAGAGGGGGAAAGGGGGUGCUGAGAAAGAGUUUGGUGUUAGUUUAGAAUGCAUUUCUGAGUUGGAAAGCGAUGGGCUUGAACAUGGUAGGAAAAGAGAGAGAGUUUUUUCAGAAAGAACAGUUAAUUUGAUUCAUAGUUCUUCACCAAGAACAGAAAAUAGGGAGUUUUUAAACAAUUUUGAUCAAAAUAAUAGAAGAGAGAACAUGAAUUUGAGGGGUGAUCAAAGUAAUGGAGAUGCAGAAGCCGGAUAUUUAAAUGAUAGAUAUUCAAAAUGCCCAAUUAGUAAUUUGGUUCACGGAAAUGAUCAUGAAGUGAACACGUAUAGGAAGUGGUUUGAAUCUGGUGAUUCGUGUGUGGAGAAUGAAGUCAAGAAAAUUAAACCCCCAAAUGAGGACUUUGCGGGUUCAUUGAGAUCAAGGCCAGUUAGGGAUAAGAGGGGUAUGGAGAGAAAUGGAUUGGAGGCAUUCUACGGGAGUGGUAGAGGUGUUGCAGAAUGGAGGAGGUUUUCAGCUUUCCCUUAUCCCGAUGAGGGACCUUCAAGUUAUUGGCCUUGUUCUUUCAAUGGUUAUGCUGAGCAGAAAAGGAUUUGCCGUGAUGAAUUGGAUGGGCCCGGAAGAGUUGAAAAUUGGGAAUAUGAUCGAGCUGAGCUCCUUAGCAAGCUCGAUGAGUUGAAGGAUCAACUUAGCAGAUCAUGUGAUGUGAAAGAGAAACCAACGGAAAAAGGUCCUGUUGAUAGGAUGGUGGCUGCCCCUCCACCACCACCUCCACCGCCGCCACCACCACCACCUCUACCUACACCUCCACCCCCGCCCAAUUAUUAUUAUGGACAUAAUUCUUAUGCGCAAUCCUUUGCUCCGAAUAAAAAUGUUAUGGAUUAUUGGAAUCAUAAUCAUGGACCUGGUCGUUACAUCAAUGGUGGCAUUUUGGAUAUGCAACAAGACUUCUAUCCUCCUCCUCUUCCAAGGAAUGCUCCAAAUGAAUGUUUGGGAUAUGAGGGUCCCUAUAUGCCACAAAGACUUAGGAGGCCUCCAAAUCAGCCACCACCUCAAUCCUUGAAUGAGCCUUAUCACGAUCAUUUCCCUGGACAGCAUGUGGAUUUUAAUCAAAAUACCCUUGCAUCACAUCGACAGAAAACCUUUUUGCACCACUCUACAUGCUCUUGUUUGCAGUGCAACAACAAGAAUUGGCAAAUGCCACCAAAAGUCCCACACCCCAAUCCUAUGUUCCACCAUCGUGUAAAUUCUGUUGUAUAUGGCCCACAGGACUAUAAUUCUAGAGUUGCUUAUCCUCCUCAUCUGCGCUCUCUCAUUCGGAAACCUCAGACAAGAAGUUCAAGUGACUUCGAUUUAGACAAUGGUCCUGGUCACCGGCAUUCAAGAAGGGUGGUGGUUGCCCAUGGAAGUGAACGGGUUUGUCAUCCCAUAGCAGGUGGUGCCCCAUUUUUUACAUGCUACAGUUGCUUUGAGUUACUGAAAUUUCCAAGAAAACUUGUGGUGAUGGGGAAGAAUCGAGAGAAAGUGCGAUGUGGAACUUGUUCUGCAAUAAUCUUGAUUGGGUUUGAAAAAAAGGGGAUUGUUGCUUCAAUUCCCACACAACUCACACAAGCUUCUGUUGAGGGUGAUGAUGUCUCUGGUGUGACGUUGAAUGAAAAUCUUCAAAGUUCCCAUCAUUGUUUGAAUGCUGGUACUACAAACUCUUCUUCUGAUGACUUUGAUAAUUCUGGUUAUAACUUUCAUUUGACAGAUUGUGAACCCAUUGUCUUGUCAAGGGACCGAAAGUUAAACUUCGGUGAAUCCAAUGAAAGACAGGGUCACCAUUCUUCUUCUUCCAGUUUUUCAGAGGAUGAUCAAAGCCCGGAGUGUGUGAUUUUUCAGACUGAAAUUGCUAAUCUGCCUUCAAAAGAUGAUGGGUCUCUACCACUUCCAGAUUCUCCUCGUCAGAAAGAUCCUGAUAAUGCUUCUUCUAAUUAUGUAGUAAGCAGAUAUGAGAUGGGAAACAAAAGUAAACGUAACGGUCAAGAGAAGGUGAUCAUUGGAAGGAGUACCUCACAACAGAAUUUUGUAAAAGAUGUUUCAAUGGAAACUGAGAUGGAUGUUUCUUUUAAUGAAGUUCUAAAUAGUGCCGUGUCUGAAGACCCUGAAGAGGUGAGCAAAGAAGAUCGAAUUGGGAUCAACAAGGGGGGUGAAUCUUUUUUUGCAGGUCUCAUCAAAAAGAGUUUUAAAGACUUCUCGAGAUCUAACCAAAGCGUGGAGAUGGGAAGAUCAAAUGUUUGUGUUAAUGGCCAACCUAUAUCAGAUCGUGUAGUUCAGAAGGCUGAAAAGAUGGCUGGGCCUAUUCAGUCUGGAAACUACUGGUAUGAUUACCGAGCUGGAUUUUGGGGUGUGAUAGGCCAGCCUUGCGCUGGCAUAAUUCCCCCACUUAUUGAAGAAUUGAAUUACCCAAUGCCAGAGAAUUGUGCUGCUGGAAACACAUGUGUUUUUGUGAAUGGGCGAGAACUUCAUGAGAAAGAUUUAGAUUUACUUGCUGGCAGGGGCCUGCCUACCACAAGAGACAAAUGUUAUAUUAUCGAGAUUUCUGGUAGAGUUUUAGACGAGGACACUGGUGAAGAACUAGAUAGCCUUGGCAAACUUGCUCCAACGGUCGAGAGAGUAAAGCACGGAUUUGGCAUGAAAGUUCCAAGAACGCUUGCGCAAUGACCAGGUGGUAUCCUGUUAUCAUUCAUGAGAUCAAUGAAGCUGUUGCCAUUUGGAAAAUUGGUAUGUGUUUAGUAGACGGAUGUACCGUUGAAAUUUUGAUGGAUGCAAAGUUAAUCUUUUGUUGUUUAACAUUUGUUGUAUUUGUAACAAAAUUUUCCAUGAAAAAUUAAAUGUGUUGUUUAUACGUAGCAAUAUCUCAUCUUUGUGGGUAAAGGCCAGUUACAUUGCCCA